AUGCUGAAGCGAGUAUCGGGAUGGCAACAAAACAUAGUUUCAUAUGGGGGAAGAGAGGUCUACAUUAAAUUAGUCGGCCAAGCAAUUCCAACAUAUGCUAUGGGAUGUUUUCUCCUCCCAAGUGGCGUUAUAACUGAUUUAACACAAGUAAUGCGUGACUAUUGGUGGUCUGGUCGAUCUGAUGCGCAUAGGUGGCCUCUUCUAGUUUGGUCAUCGAUAUGUCAACCUAAACGAAUGGGUGAUUUAGGAUUCCGAGAGCUACAUGCUUUUAAUCUGGAUCUCCUUGGCAAACAACUUUGGCGAUUAAUGAGGACUCCGAACAGUUUGGUUAGCCGUGUUCUUGCAGGUAAAUAUUACCCUGGCAGUUCUGUGUGGACAGCUCAGCCCAGCAAUCGUCCAUCUUAUGCAUGGCUCAGCUUAUAUGUUGCGAAAGCAUCACUUCAACCUGGUUAUUUCUGGAAGCCUGGUAUUGAGAGUGGGAUCUCUAUGUUCCAGGAUUCAUGGGGAGGAUCUUCUCCUAUUCAGUUUUCUACGAAACAUAUCGAUAAUGUUGAUGCUCUGAAUGAAAGAUUGGUUAGACAAUUGUUUCCCAUCUCUGAAGCUACAGCCAUCUUACAAUGCCCGGGGAUUGCUGCUCCUUCACCUUUAUGGUUGUUUCUUUCUCGGUUACCCAUUUUGCCUAAAGUGCGUGUUUUUGAUUGGCGUUUCGCAAACGAUGCUUUACCAGUGGGCGCCCGCCUUUUAACAGUAGGUUUGAGUGAUGGCCACUGUCCGAUUCGUGGGGUUCACAUUGAAACUGCCCUCCAUGCCAUUCGAGAAUGGCCCGAGUACCGACUCUAG